AGGUUAUACUUGACGGUUGGCUACAUAUAAAAAUACCGGGUGGGAAGGCCUUUGCUUUCCCUCCCCUCCCCCCCUCAUUCCAUCGUCUGACUUGAACCUGACUUCCCUGACUUGGACCUUUCACUCUCAGCCCACCCCCCCAACAUACACUUUGUGUACCUGACCACAAUCCCCGGACGACCCGACUUACACGACAAAAAUCGCGCGCUGCCAACUGGACUCUUGUUUUAUAUUCUGGGAACCAUCCUUCCUGAUUUUUAGGUUUCGACUUGUUUUCUCCGGUCUCUUUCUCUGAGCAGUAGCACAGCAGGAGCUACCUACCUUACUUCGUACACCACCGACUUACUUACAUCACUUACAUAUAUCUUCAACGAAUAAAACGAUGGAGGACGACCACUUCCUCUACGCCCUCAGCUCCAACAACGCCUGGGCCGGGUACAAAUCCCACCAAAACCCCCACUUCUUCCCCAAGCUCGCAGACGGGCAAACACCCCAGAUCCUCUGGCUAGGCUGCUCCGACUCCCGCUGCCCGGAAACCACAAUCCUAGGCCUCCAACCCGGCGACGUCUUCGUCCACCGCAACAUAGCCAACAUCAUCGCCCCAACCGACAUCAACACCUCGGCCGUGAUCGAAUACGCGGUUGCCCACCUCAAGGUCAAGCAUGUCGUUUUAUGCGGGCACACUUCCUGCGGCGGUGCCGCUGCUGCCCUGAGCGACUCCAGGGUUGGGGGGGUGCUGGAUACGUGGCUUGCGCCGUUGAGGGCGGUGAGGUAUGCUAAUAAGGAGGUGCUGGAUGCGAUGAAGGAUGAGAGGGCUAGGGGGACCAAGAUUGCGGAGUUGAAUGUUGAGGCGGGGGUCAAUGUCUUGAUGGCGAAUGUGACGGUGAGGGAGGCGAUCGAGGAGCGGGGGUUGCAGGUGCAUGGGUGUUUGUUUGAGAUUGGGUGUGGGAGGAUUAGGGAUUUGGGGUUGGGGACGAAGGGGAGGGGGGGAAUGGGGUUGGAUGGGCAGGAGGAUGUGGUCAGGGGUAGGCAUGCGCAGAUUGUUUUUAGGGGGGGGAGGGGGGAGAUGAGUGUUAAAUGA